UGCUUUGGAUCGUGAGGCGAUGCAUUAUCGUGUGUUCCCCAUAUAUUAAAUAUCUGUAAAUGUCAUAUUUCACUCAAAGCUCUCUUCUUUCUUUCCUAGUUACCCCGUUUCACUUCAGACGUUUCUUCCUCUCUCCGCUCCCUCACUUCACUUUACGAUGGAUUGGCAAGGGCAAAAGUUAGCGGAGCAGAUAAUGCAGAUAAUGCUGUUGGUGUUUGCAGUGACUGCAUUCGUUGCCGGUUAUGUAUUGGGAUCGUUUCAGAUGAUGGUUCUCGUAUAUGCCGGUGGUGUGACACUCACUGGAUUGAUUACAAUUCCAAAUUGGCCUUUCUUCAACCGCCAUCCACUCAAUUGGUUGGAUCCCAGCGAAGCUGAGAAGCAUCCCAAGCCACAAGUGACUGUGAUUUCGAAAAAGAAAGGCUCCAAGAAGACAAUUGAACCUGCUCAUAGAUUAGACCCAUCUCUUCCCACAGCCAACCUAGUUACAUUAGCAAGAUAAAGAUGCAUUUGUGCUUAUGCGAAUGAUUACAUGAGAAAUGAUUGUAUGGGACAAUUCUGCCAUGUCAGUAUAUAUCACUCUUGCUCGAGUCAUGUCAUGGAAUUAGGUUUUUGAAAAAAAAAAUCAAUAAAUCAUUAGUGGAGUUGUUUUAUUGUUGAUGGCGUAACUAUAUAUAUGUAUUUUAUAUAUUCCAUGGUUUUAUAAUAAUGAAGAAUCUGCAAGGCUAUUUAGAAUCCA